GAAAGGGCGGGGAAGCCGGGGUGUGGAAAGUGUGGCGGCCCCGCCCCGUCUCUCCGAGCUGCUGCGGCCGCUACCGCUGUCGCCGCAGCAGCAGCUGCAGGAGACCGGCGCGGGUACGCAGGCACUCGAGGUGCUGUGAGCCUGCUAAAGUUCCCACGGAAAAACCACCAUCUCCUUAACCCACCAUGGCGGACGAAAUUGAUUUCACUACUGGUGAUGCUGGGGCUUCCAGCACUUACCCUAUGCAGUGCUCUGCCCUGCGCAAAAACGGCUUCGUGGUGCUCAAAGGACGACCAUGCAAAAUAGUGGAGAUGUCAACUUCCAAAACUGGGAAGCAUGGUCAUGCCAAAGUACACCUUGUUGGAAUUGACAUUUUCACAGGGAAAAAAUAUGAAGAUAUUUGCCCUUCUACUCACAACAUGGAUGUUCCAAAUAUUAAAAGAAAUGAUUAUCAACUAAUAUGCAUUCAGGAUGGUUACCUUUCCCUGCUGACAGAAACUGGUGAAGUCCGUGAGGAUCUUAAAUUGCCAGAAGGUGAACUAGGCAAAGAAAUAGAAGGAAAAUAUAAUGCAGGUGAAGAUGUACAGGUGUCUGUCAUGUGUGCAAUGAGUGAAGAGUAUGCUGUAGCCAUAAAGCCCUGCAAAUAAAUGAGAACGUAAGAUAAGAGCAAACUCAAGUUGGAUCAGCUGCAGAGAUAAAAGUUUGGUUCUAAUUGUCACCAAAGCUAUGGCCGCCAUAAGUAACCUCAUCUUAAUCUCCUUUUUUUUUCUAAAUUGUUUUGUGUUGACUUUUUCAGGCAGUUGGUAACUUUUUAAAAAAUCAAGCUGGAUAAUUAUAUUUUUUUUCAAUUUUGUAGGUGUCUUUCCUAUAACAUUCCUGUGGUUUUCAGUAUGUAAGUCUACAAAAUAGAUAAGACUGUCUCAGCUGAUAUGAUUUGUCUGAGGAAAUCAUUCCUCAAUUUUGAUUAAAUGAUUAAUGAACCAGGGUUUUAAAUGAGACAAUGUAGCAUCUAGUGGUAUUGAAGUACCACAUUUUAGUUGAAUUGCUCUGCAUUUAUUUUAGAUUUAAUAUCAUAGAAUAUGUAGAUUAUAGAUUGGAAUUGUCAAUUUCAACCCGUGUUUGGCAAACACAAAUCUUUAAACAAAUCUUUAAAUCAUAAUUAUCAGAGUAUCGUUUACUUUGAUGGCCACGUGCCACCACAUAUACUCACUAAUACUAUUCUUUGCCAAAUGUUACCUUGCUCAAUGCAACCUUACAGUGAUUUUAGUAUCUGCUUACACUUAACAAAGGGACAUUGGACUGUUUGGUGAACAUGAACCAGUCAGACUGUAAAGAAUACACAAAGGACAGUUGCAAAGAAAGUUACUAAAACUGUUUUUUAUUUUAGAUCUAUAUAAUCAGUAGCUGCUCCUUUCCAACCACUUAAAUAGAAUUUUUUACUUUAAAUAUUUACAAGACUAAAACUGGGAAUUCUUAAGUUGAUUUGGAAUUCUUGACUUGUUUAUUUGUGCACAUUUUUGUCUAAAGUGAAAUGAAAGUGAAUCAUGGAAGAAAUACUAUUUUAUUUGAAAAUUAAGUAUAUACAGUUUUUCUGAUUGUCUUGUAACUUUAGUUACUGAUAUGAACUAUAACUAUAAAAAAUUUGGUAAAUCAAAUUAUCUAAAAGUAUUUCAGGUGACAUCAUAUUGCCUUUCUGUUUAGCCUUUUAGCCUAUAUGUGUAUUUUCAGAAUUUUAGACACUGUUAAAAGAUUUAACUCAGUAUCAAUCAUUAUAAUGGAGAUAAACCAGGAACAAAUCACUAUAUCUCAUUUUGCCUCAGUUCUCUAAAACUGGUUAUGAAAUCCCUCACACGAUGCAUAGCCAGAGUAACAUUUGUUCUUUUCAUCUAGAGGAAAGAUAUGUAAUAUUAGAAAUAGCACUUUGGCGCCAAGAUUCCAAAGUCUUAGUUGCUUAAUGUGUACACAUUUUUAAAUCUUACCUUGGCUUAGGCAAACCCUUUUGAAGAAGAUGCAAGGUACUUUAAAAGAAGUGUGAAGAAGAGAAUUCUAAAGCACAAGAAAUACUGAGAUUGUAGUUAGUUGACUUUAGUAUGACAUUUUAGCUGUUGCCCAUCCAAAGCACAAUUAACAAUUGGGCUGAAUUCUUCCUAGCAUUCUACUUAAGUAUCUACUACACAUCAUUCUAGUUUUUUAGUACUCUGAUGUUUAUCUUACUUGCUAUUGGAUGAUAGUUACCCAGAGGAAGUCCAUAAUGUUACUGAUCUAUGCUGCUUGCUGGUCAUUCAGCUGACCCUAGUUAUAACCAUAUUAGUAUUCUGAUUUAGUAUUAAUUCUAGAUUAGCAUGCCUUUGUUCUUCAUAACUUGUCAAACUUUGCAUAAAUAUAUUUUAAAUUGUGAUACGAGGGUGUACAAAGUAUAAUAAUGUAUCUCUAUCUCCAUACCUUGAAUGGCAAAAGCUAUUUAUGCAUAAACGUUUCCUUUUAAAUACUAUAUGGAGUGUAAAUAUUCUAACAUAUAUGUAUAGAUUUUAAAUAUACAGGAUUGUUUAUUUUCAUGUAAAUCAAUAGGUGUUUCUCUAGAACAAAAUAAUUCAUUUAGUAAAGCUUUAUAAAUUGUAUUACAGGGAAGCAGGGAGCAUAUAUUUUUUAACAUAGAAGUGACAUUGUUCUUUUUUGACAUCAGAGAAAUGUUACAAGUUGAUUCUUAGUACUGUUAUACUUUUUUGUAGCAAAUGUUAAACAUCACAACUUAUGGUAUAUAAAUAGUAGACUGUCAUGGUUAUAGGUUAUACGCUAAUAUACCAUUUUUGUCUGUACACAUUUCACCAAUUUUUAGAUAGCAUUGGCAGGUUGAAUACUUUUUCUUUCUAGAACAUGUUUUAUUUCUACUGUGAAGACUGUUAUGCUUUAUCUGCUACAAAAUUGUAUAUCCUUGCGCAUAAAUCAAAUCAUUGCUGCUUUGACUUUGUAUUUUUACAUCAUGAACCUAAUUAUGAUAUUUCAUUCAUGCUCCCCUCCAAGAGCUUAGUCACUUGAAGAAGUUAUUAUUAACUGCGCUCUUGACUCUGUUUCCCUUAGUGGUACAAAUUUCUGUACCAGUACUUUAUAUAAAUUACCAAAAUUUCUGCAGCCAGACCAUGGUACUUAUAACAGAAAGAUGCUGCAAUAAAAUAUUUAGGCUGUACGGUUUGGGACACAGUUUUUCAUUACAGUACAGUAUGAGUGUGUGUAUGUGCACACAUAGCUUUGUGUAUUUAUUCUUUUUCCAAAAUCCUCCCAACUAUUAAAAGUACUGUAGUCUGGUAGUGCCUCAAAUGUUGGUAAAUUUUUUUUUAAUUUACAACCUUUCCAGAACUUGUCUUUGUAGCUUACAAUUUUUUAUUGGAUUAUUUCUAGUUGAGCUAUAAUUUAAAUGCAUUAUUCUCAGGGCUGUUUAUGCUAAUUGAAGUUUCAUUAUUUUAAAGCUAACUGCCUGAAAUUAUAAAGCAAAAUUUUCCAAAAUUGUAAUACUCCAAUGCAUACAUAUAAAAUUCUUAGUAUCAAUAUAUUUAAACUAUAUGCUGAGUAUUUAAGAAAAAAUGGAAACUUUAGUAGCAACUAUACUGGAAUUUUGCUGUAUUUUUCAUUUUAAGAUGGCAUUGGGUGGUCUUACCUCAGAACCUUAUCCUUAGUGAUGCAUUUGAAAGCAUUCCUUUGGCAUGGACCCCAAUGAUAGUUUGAAACAGACAUUGUAGGCUCUCAAAUAUAUUUAGAAACAAAGACUGAAAAUUCAUAAUGCUCUUUUGGGUACCUUAAGAUGUUUACAUAUUUAAUUCUAUUAUAUGAGCUAGGAACACAUUUAGUUUGAGGAAAUAUGGUUCUUAGGUAAUAUAAAAUCAAAAAUAUAAGUAUAUUUCCAUAAGCAGUGUAUUAUACCAACAAAGUUUUAAAUUUUCCAAUGUCCUUUAAACAUAAUACUUCAUAGGUUUCAAGCCUUUGUUUUUUUAUUAUUAGCAUUCAAUAAAGUAAUAGGCAACAAAGAUUUAACAAAAAUUCACGGCAGAAAUCCCAAAAUUGACAAAAUUCAAUCCAUUAAGUUUAAUCUGUUGAACCUUUUUCUCUAAAUUGGGUAUACGGAGUCAUUAUUUGAUUUUAGCAGGAACAGUUAGGUUUAGCUUGUGGAACACAGCUGUUCUGUGGGAACUUGACUUGAAGUUACAGUAUAACUCAGUAUUUUUCCAUUAAAUAAACAUCUGAACACCAAUUUAACUACCACGUGAGGUCAAGUGCCUGAAAAGUGCUGUAUACGUCUAAUAAACAUAUUUUCUUUAUGUGAAAAACGCAUCUUUCAGCAAUGCAUACCAAGCUUUGUCCACUAUUAACAUCCUUGUUGCCAAAUUUUGCCAUUUGUUCAGCACUAUUCUCCUUUCCUCAUAACAGAUAGAAACCUAUUUUACAAUAAAAAGAUUUAUAUAUGAAGUCCUUAAAACCAUUUCUUGAUAUAGGUAAAAUUAGGUUUGUCUCAGUUCAAGAUUGCACUUUUAAAAAACUCUGGACACUAUAUUCAGCAGUGACUGAACAAAUAAGUCAUAGUUGUGAUCUUUCUUAAGAGAAAUUGUUUAUUAUGGUUAGUUCUACUAUAAAUAAGCACUCUUGCUUAUUACAAAGUAUACUGCAAAUUAGUUCUUUACUGGUAUGAUAAAAAUGACUAGUCCUAUACUGCUAUGUGCUUUUAUCCCCCUCCCCCAAAAGGUAGGUGAAACAGCAUUGUCUAACCCAUUAGCACUUUAUUAGUAGUAUAUUUUAUUUGUCUUGCUUUUACUUGUAGAGAUUCAGAUGUUUUAGUUAAAACUUUAAAAUUGUAAGAUAUAUGGAUAUGUGUGCAUUUUACAUUUCAAAAAUGGAUAAAAAUACAAAUGUUAAAUCUUUGACUACACUAAAAUAUCCUUUAAAAUGUAGACGAUACUUAUCAAUGAUAACCUUUUGUUACAUUAAAAUAUACUUGUCUGUUAGUCAUCAGUUACAUUAAAUAAAAAUAAAAAUUCAACAGCUUGCUCUA